GGAUGCUUCACGUCGCUUCCCCGCGCCGCCAGAGAGAACUGCUUCGCUCGCGUCAGUCCGCGAGGCCCGAGAGCGCCUUGGAAACCGUCUCCCUCCUUCCCCGCCCCGGGGACACCAGCCCCUUCCUGGUGUCGUCUUUGGUCCCACGCCCGGAAGUCGUAAGAUGGCUAUAAAAACUGGAGGCUAGAGGGACCCAGACUUGACCUCCGGGCCUUCACUUCCGCCGGAAGUGGCCUCCAGUCGCCCGUGCCCUUUCCUUUUUGCACGCGCGGGCGCCCGGGGCCCGAUACUCGGGGCGCGAGUACGACCACGAUGGCGGCCACCACCCUGCUGCGCGCGACGCCCCUCUUGAGUGGUCUCGGCGCCGGCCCGAGCCCACUGCUGCAGAGUGUGUUGCGGCCGCUGAAGGUGCCGGCACUGCCUCACUUGUGCCGUGGCCUGGCCGUGGAGGCCAAGAAGACCUAUGUGCGCGACAAGCCCCAUGUGAACGUGGGCACCAUCGGCCAUGUGGACCACGGCAAGACCACACUGACCGCGGCCAUCACGAAGAUUUUAGCGGAAGGAGGCGGAGCGAAAUUUAAGAAAUACGAAGAGAUUGACAAUGCUCCUGAAGAGCGAGCCCGUGGAAUCACAAUUAAUGCGGCUCAUGUGGAGUAUAGCACUGCAGCCCGCCACUAUGCCCACACCGACUGCCCAGGUCACGCAGAUUACGUUAAGAAUAUGAUCACAGGCACCGCCCCCCUCGACGGCUGCAUCCUGGUGGUGGCGGCCAAUGACGGCCCUAUGCCCCAGACCCGAGAGCAUCUAUUACUGGCCAAACAGAUUGGAGUAGAGCAUGUCGUGGUGUACGUGAACAAAGCAGAUGCUGUCCAGGACUCUGAGAUGGUGGAGCUGGUUGAGCUGGAGAUCCGGGAACUGCUCACUGAGUUUGGCUACAAAGGGGAGGAGACCCCGGUCAUCAUAGGCUCUGCCCUCUGUGCCCUUGAGCAACGUGAUCCUGAGCUAGGCGUGAAGUCUGUGCAGAAGCUGCUGGAUGCCGUGGACACUUAUAUCCCGGUACCCACCCGAGACCUGGAGAAACCUUUCCUGCUGCCUGUAGAGUCCGUUUACUCUAUUCCUGGCCGGGGCACAGUGGUGACAGGUACACUAGAGCGUGGCAUUUUGAAGAAAGGGGAUGAGUGUGAGUUCUUGGGACACAGCAAGAACAUUCGCACUGUGGUGACAGGCAUUGAGAUGUUCCACAAGAGUCUGGAGAGGGCAGAGGCAGGCGACAACCUUGGAGCCCUGGUCCGAGGCUUGAAGCGAGAGGACCUGAGGCGUGGCCUGGUCAUGGCCAAGCCAGGGUCCAUCCAGCCCCACCAGAAGGUGGAGGCCCAGGUUUAUAUCCUCAGCAAAGAGGAAGGUGGCCGCCACAAGCCUUUUGUGUCCCACUUCAUGCCUGUCAUGUUCUCCCUGACUUGGGACAUGGCCUGUCGUGUCAUCUUACCGCCAGGGAAGGAGCUUGCCAUGCCCGGGGAGGACCUGAAGGUCAGCCUUGUCUUGCGGCAGCCCAUGAUCUUAGAAAAAGGCCAGCGUUUCACCCUGCGAGAUGGCAACCGGACCAUCGGCACUGGCCUUGUCACUGAGACGCCAGCCAUGACAGAGGAAGACAAGAACCUCAAGUGGAGUUGAGUCUGGACUCUUGCUCUGACUCUAGCGUUGAAGGCCGCGCUAGCCCAUGUUCUUUGCUGCUGCUGCAGCCCCCUCCCUAGGGCACAGGCUGCCGUCCAGCAGUGCAGCUAGCCUGACACUUCCCCUGGCCAGGAGGGGCCCCAGGGCCUGCCAGGUGAGGUAGGUCAAUAAACUGUUCUGUGAAUAGUGA